AUGCGCAGGCAAGAGCAACGGAAGAAACUAAUCGCUCGCGGGAUUUCCUGCAGAGCAGCGGAGGCAGUAGCUGAUGCAACAGCGGCAGCAGUCGCGGCACAAGGCCUGGGCAGUUCAUGGGCAGAGGAGCUAGCAGCAGCAUAUCCACGUCUGGGACCCUCCUCUGCAUUGGUCGCCUCAGCUCUGGCGGGGGCCCCUCUGGAACUCCACAUGCAUCUGAAGACCCUCUUUUGCGCCACACUGAAGGCGGCAUUGUUGAGUGACAUUGCGGUCUUGGAAUUGGAGCACGCGGCACACCCCGAAAGGAAACAAUCGACUGCAGAGGCAGACAUGCGUUGGCUCCUAAGCAAAACCGAAAGUGUGUUCAAGGAGAUCUUUUACGAUCCCGCUUUUCUCGCUAUGGCGUCAGCCUGCGAUUUUGAAAAGCCAGCGCGCGAACUGCUGCGGGCACUACAGCAGCUUCGCGCUGCCCGCAACUGCACCAGCAGCGGCGCUACCGAGUCACUGCUUCCACUGCUUCUAACGGAAAAGGGAAGAUGCGCGCUGGAACGAUUUAUUGCUGCAGUUGAUGAGGACAUCCUGAGCAGUCUGUGCAGCAGUUGGGAAGGCAGCGGCGUGUUGCAGCUGCACGCUAGUCAAGAGCAGGGGAAAGAAGAUACCUCAGCUCCCCGAACUCGGCAGUUGUCAGCGAGGCAUACAGGAAAAGACGCAGGAACUUCGAUGGCCCUCGCUUCCUACGCGGACGAGAGGUGCAAGACAGACGCACCCCGAGAGACUCACCGGGGCGCCCCCUUGUUUCUACGAGCUUCAGAUGUCAAGGCUGCAAAAGAAGCUAUUGAGCGACAAGGUUUCGUUGUCCUGAAAGGUGCCCUUACUCCUAAGCAACUGCAAGACGCACAAAAAGCAACAUUUUCUGCCAGCGGAGCGGCUGCAGAAGGAGCAUUGAAGAUGAAAGAAGUGGAUCCGAAUAUUUACUGCACCAGGCCUACAUAUGAUGCACUGGCGCUGCCCCAGUCUUGGCAUCGAGAUAACUCUUACCGCGGGUUGACAGUGGUCAUACCGUUGGUGCCUAUACACCUCAGCAAUGGCCCCACGGAGCUUCUUCCUGGUUCGCACAUCCUUAGCGGCGAGGUAAACUGA